AUGACAGCAUCCUCCAUUGGAGACUUUGCGUUCGCUUGUGCCGCAUCAUUCGAUAUGGCAUGUCCGUCAGUCAAGCGGAAGACAGUAUCAUUUGGGAAUACUGAGACCCGCGUGAUAGAGUCUUCUUUCCCGGAGCCAAACUUCGGCCCCGUCAAUCGCGAGAGGAAUUUGAACUAUUCGUGGCCGGAAGAUAUCCGUGGUCUGAAUAGUGCUCGCGAGAGGCGAAGUGCCCAUAUGAAGGCUGUGCUUUGGAGAGAGCAGGUUUUGCUCGAUGACGUUGAUGCCAAGACGUUGGGAAAUGAUGCUUGUGUUCUUGAGCUCACGCUUUCUCAGCGGAGCGCUUGCGAAGUCUUUGCUGCUGCUGUCAAGUCUAUUAAGAGGGUACGGAGACUCAUGCUCGACUCCGGUUGCGGUAUAGACCUAAUUGGUCUCGGCGACUUAUCCCGUGAGGAAAAGGAUCUGAUUGUUCAAAAUGCUAAGAAUAGCCUUCGGACCGCCAAUGGGAAAACCAACACGAAGGGCGUUGCCCACAUGCGCAUUGACGGUCUCGAUGAGCUGAUUGAAGCUUAUGUGCUUGAAAGCACACCAAGUCUCCUUUCCCUUGGGAAACGAUGCAAGGAACUUGGUUACCGAUUUAUUUGGGAACCUUUCUGCGAUCCGAUCUUCUUUGAUCCCAGAGGGAAGCGACUCAAGGUCGAUGUUAUCAACAACAUCCCAUACCUCGCUCCGAGCGAGACCGAAGUAGUAGCGGGUCGACCCGAUCUCCCUCGCGUAUAUCCGGCGCUCCCAGCACCGAUCAUCAUUCACGAGAAGAUCGUAGCUGCUGGUGAGGAGCCUGGAGGCGAGCUAGACGAUAUUGGAGAGCUCGAUAUUGACAUGCCCGGUGCCAAGAGCGCCCAGAAGGAUGCACCUGAUGAUGCCAAGAAGGUGCCUAACAAAUCUAAGCAUCAGUCGCCGCCCGAUGAACCGAGAGCACGCGACCUGAGAGAGGAGGCAAAGUCCAUCCGUCACCUCAUGACCCAUUUACCUAAGAAUCCCUAUUGCGACGCAUGCCAACGUGCUAAGAUGGAAAAUGUUAAGUCAUUUCGCCAAGACUCACCACGCGAUAAAGGGUUUGAGAAGUUUGGCGAGCAUGUCACCAUCGACACUAUGGUGUUGCACGGGCUUGGCAAUCGCGGGAAUAAUGGGGAGACAGAUGCUGUUGUCUUCUAUGAUCUAGCAACCGAGUGGUUGGAGAGUGUUCCCGUGAAGGGAAGAACAAAUGCCGAUACGCUUCGCGCGUUCCAGCAGGUCUUCGGCGACCUUCAGGAUGUGAACUCAUUCUCCAUGGAUGUGGAGAGAAGAUACGCACCCUCUGCGAUUCGGGAAAUUUACUGCGAUAAAGCCCGUGAGUUCAUAUCGACCUGCAAGAAAGUUGGCAUCUCUGUAAAGCAUUCCACUCCUGGCAUGCCUCGAACUAAUGCCAUUGCCGAGAGCAAGGUGAAGCUUGUCCUUCAUGGCGCACGCGUGGCGCUUCGGCAAGCAGGUUUGAGCGCCAAAUUCUGGCCUUAUGCGUGUAAGCACUUCUGUCAUGCUCGCAACAUCGAGCUGCGCGAGGGCCAGAGUGCAUGCACAUUGCGGUUUAAUGGUACCGAAUUUGACGGUCAGGUUCUUCCAUUUGGAUGUCUUGUUGACUUCUAUCCCACGCCGGCACGAAAACAGACUCGGCGAAGUCAGAGAGAUGAAGUCGUACUUGGCGAUGGUGAGGAGUAUGCACUGCCUGCGCCUGGAGAUGAUGGAUUGAUCGACGUCGAAGUCGGAUUCGACGAUGACGGUUAUCUCGAAUGGAUUGAUGAUGGAGGUGACGAUCGAUCUGGAUCCCUCCAGGGCACCGAUGUUGAUCAUCGCUUGUCAUCCUACCAACGCCCCAGCAAGUUCUCUCCCACAAGCAAGCCCGGUAUAUUUCUGGGUUAUCACUUCGAGAAUGGGGGCAGGUGGGACGGUGACUACAUCGUCGCUGACCUUGAGGACUUCAAACGCGACGCAUUGCGAGCAAGCGUCCAUCAGGUGAAGAAGAUAUACUGUUCUCCCAAGGAGCGAUGGACGUUUCCGAUGCUGGCCGUGUACGAUAAACAAACUCGAUCAGUAUGCAUCAACGAUCCCGCGAUGCAGUCUACCGUGCCAAAGCCGAGUGAGCGUCUUGACGCCUCCGACAUGCUCGAUCUCGAAGAUAUCGAUGAAAUCUUCGCCCUUGACGAGUCGACUCGAAUGACCGAUGAAGAUAUUCGACAGGCUCGCGAGGCUGAGUUACGAGCAGAGACCUCUCAUGGAGGGGGCGUCGACUACUGGGAAUAUGAUCCAUCCGCGCAUAAGUGGACGUAUCACGUUGUUGUUCCAAGAAAGGCGAUGGUUCAUCCCAGUAAGACUCCAGGUUCCAUAGGGGAGUCGCCUGAUCCGUGGAAGCUGAGCACGGUCCUGGAGGGCGAGGGGGGUUUACGCUAUCGUCAAAAUGUGCCUCGUUCCGAGCGAGCAUACAAGGGGUCUCGAAAACCGAACUCUAUCGACUCUGAACCCUGGCGAAGCAUGAAUCGAGCCGAGCGGGAAGGAUAUGUUGAGGCUGAGCGCCGAGAAGCUGAGUCUCAUGCUAUGUCGCGCGAGGACUCUCGCGAUGCCGCUCCUGAUAUCGCUUACGAUUCGGAUUAUGAGUCUGGUGCCGAACGGCAUGACAAGGACUACUGGUAUCACGAUGUCGCGGCUGGCACGAUCACCAGAUUUCAUGUGAUCGAGCGCCGAGCGCGCUUUAAUCCGACCUCCGUCAAGGAUUGCCCUGUUGAUCCUGCGACGUUGACCGAUGUCAGGAUGACCAUGGCCAUGACCGACGGCACGGAGUUUACAUUGCAAGACUCCUGGAGAUCAUCCGAUGUUCGAUCUCUGCCGUGUCGGUGGACUGGCAAGACCGUUUUCGUCAUUGGUUCCUCUGCCAAAACGCAGAUUAAAGUUCGAACUAGUCUGCCGAAUAAAGAUGGCACAGAGCGCCGCGUGCAAACCGCAAAUGGAUAUUAUGGUCAUGCACUGCGUGCAAUAGGGCGUAUUGUCGUCCCUGCCAAGUCUCGCGCCUGUGUUGUUACGGAUCUUGAGUUUGAACCCCCGGGCGGUAUGUCAGCCCGUCUCCAGCCGCUUCGCGGCAGUGGCCUCGAUGUUUGUCCGGCCAUGUACACGUACAAUGAGGGGGCCACUCAAUCCGGUGUUGACGUCCUUAAUCCUACCGAUUCCGAUAUUACAAUCGAGCCUGGACAGGACGUUGCAGUGGUUCAAUUUUACACUUCGGUAUUGGCAGCGGUUGAACUCGACUUCACAGCAGAGGAUGUCAAUGGUGAUGUGUCUAUGCCGGUCGAAUCAUCCGACGAUGGUAUUGCUGCUGGUGCAGCCAAUUUGGCCAAGGGCUGGGAGCUCAUGGCUUCCAAGAUCAAAUUGGAGCCGCCUUCGAGCAUCAAACGUUAUCUGGGAUGUGAACAUGUUACCUUCUCCCACGUUGUUCCUAGCACUUUUGAUCCGCGUUCUUACUGGACGCGAUUCGAGGAGCCUAAGAAGGCGUUUCCCGAGCUAACUUUUGGCGAUCGAGACACCAGUGUCGCGCAGGGCUCUGUUGGUCCUCGCGAAAUUCGAAUGAUCAAGUACGAUAUGCGAUCAUUCAUGGAGCAGUGUGUCUCUCGCUAUGUUGAGCUCUGUGGUCCUAAGUAUAAGGCCUCCUUACGGUCGGCUGACACGCCGUUCCUCGAUGAGUCGCGACCGGAGUUCGAUACCAAUCCGGAUCGCCCCGCCGUGAACCGCCUGCUGGGCCAUCCCGCUGACACGCCUGUGCCUCCUGGUAAGGGCGUUCUCGGCGACUGUGCAGCCGCCGUUCUGAUGAAAAUCCUGUAUGGUGCUCGCAUGGGGCGGUACGAUCUCAUUCGUCCUGUGCAGGCACUUGCCAGUCUCAUCACUAAAUGGGAUGGCUUGUGUGACAAGAAACUUCAUCGAUUGGUGUGUUAUAUCAAUUCUACCCUCGAUCUCAAUAUGUAUGGGUGGAUUGGUGACGCACCCGAGAUGCUGGAGCUUGUGCUCUACUGCGAUGCCGAUCUUGCGGGUGACCGUACUGAUUCCAAGAGCACCUCUGGUGUCUUUAUGUGUCUUCUUGGGCCGCGUAGCUUUAUGCCUCUUAAUGCUUUGUCCAAGAAACAGACUUCCGUGUCGAAGUCUACCCCCGAGGCCGAAAUUGUCUCUCUUGACCAUGCAGUGUAUAAAUUGGGCCUGCCUGCUCUUUCUAUGUGGGAGUAUAUGUUGGGUCGCCGCUUCCGACUGCGGGUCAUGGAAGACAAUGAGGCUGGUGAUAUUCUGACGAAGGCCUGCACUGAUGCGAAAGUGUGGGGCCGCAACCUCAUGUCUAUUGGCCUCCUGCUCCACCGAUUCCCACGGGGCAGGCUGAGCACCGAUGAAGCCCCAGUUCCGACCCAGACUCCGAGAGACGAGUCUACCGGGGACGGAAGACGUCCCGAGGCUAUUCCGAUAGGACUGAGGAUGAAGGCGAUGAUGCUGAAGAUCGGGGUCCAAGAGAUCCCGCAAGCCUCAGUCUGGCAACGCCUCGACCAGCUGGCAUGCAACCACGGUUUCGAUCAGAGGCUGCAUCAGCUGAUUGACUCCUUCCUCCUCACUAACCAUCCACUCGCGGAUAAGCAGAGGAAGCAGUACCCUCGGGAGUUUAUGGACUUCGUCGACCGAUAUAGGGUGAUGUGCGCUCUUGCGUUUUCCCGAGUGGCGACACUGUCAGGUGAUGCCGCAGGGGUCCGCGAGAAAAUGGACCUCACGAUGGCCCUGGCUCGCCACUGUAUGCACUUCCAAGCGCAGAGCUUUAAGGGAUAUCCCGUCGCCUCUGGCGAGCUGGAACCGAAAUCUCAUGGGGUACAGCAGUUCGUCUGCGGAGCAGCGAUGGCUGAGGCUGUGAAGUUCUUCAAGGGUUUUCUGCAGCUCCGGCCGACGCUGUCAUUUCUCCUUGGAUCGUUUCUGGCGAUCAAGGAACAUGGCUACCAUCUUCCUGCCGUGGAUGCGAACGGAAUCGGGGAAGUGGCCGCCUUCCGCAACGAAGACGACGAUGGAAAUACCCCGUUGAUGAGCGGGUGGGUCUCUUUCCUGAAGGCAUUGGCCGAUACUUACCCUGGGCGAUGCGUCAGCAUCGAUGAUACGCUCAACUGGGGAGCCAGCACCCCUAUGGCCUACGAGGACGGUGCUUCGCAGAUCACUAUCCACCCGACUGACGGCUUGUUCGGAGAGGAUUACGUGACGGACGAUCAUGGAAGUCACGAACCCUGCGUCUGGGUGACUGGAAACGCCCCCGAGGCUGCCGGCAGCUAUGCGUCUGGCACGUACCUCGGUGGGGGAUACUGGUUCCAAGUGAUGAUCUGCGUAUCCCGGACUAUGGUGAACAGCCACAGCCGAACGACAAAGAAGCUGGGGGGAUCCCAGAAGCAGCUCCGCGUCGGGACUAGGUUUCUUGAGUUGUGCGGGAUCGCAUUCAGGCCAUUCCGACUUAUGGACGACCGCGAGAAAGGGGUUUCGACCUCCCCGAGCUACGUCAUCCACGGACACCGAUUCCUCAGUGCCGACGGAACGAAAGCCGUGGCCUGGCACCCGUGGAUGGAGGCGAGCCCGAUCGUUCCUCGCAUCCUGAAGCUGCUGGGAGACGUUGUCGCUCACGAUAAUGUCGAGUUUGCAGACCUCACGAUUCAAGGAGGCAGCACUACCCAACAGAUUGCUUCUACCGAGACAGAGCAACCUGGGGCAGCCGCGGCUGAUGAUCAGGCCACGGCGGGUAGUGGUGAAGCGACGGAGCGAAUCACCGUCGACCCGUCAGUGCUUCGACGCAAUCACUGGAUGCCUGACAGUUACGGAACGAGCGAGAACGCUACCGUCGGUGGAAGGUAUGCCUUACUGUCCGAGCUUCAGUCUUCUAGCUACCGAAUUGAGCUUGCGCCAUUCUUCCAGCUGCGUGCACCCAUCCUGGGAGAGGAAGGGAGCCAGGGUCUGCCCAAGCCUUCAAGGCUCGAGACGAUUGCCGGAGGACCAUCCAAGGAAUGGGAGGCAUGGUGCAAGCACUACCGAAAGGCAUACAUUGUCAUGCUUGGCAACUUCGGCUACAUGCCCGCCAAGAGCAUCAAGGGUAUCCAGUACGAUGAAGAUGGUACAACGGACAUCAUUAGCGCGCCUGUCUGGAGUCCGGCCGACGCCCUUGUGGCAAUCUCGAUCCACGGGAUCAGAGCGGUCACGGCCAUGGCUUCCACGAUUGCAUUUGGGGGUGCUCCGCCAACGAUUAAGCCGGCGGUACCCAGUAAGCCGCAGAGGUUCGUCAUCAUGCACGACGGUCUGCUGACCUUCAGGGCCGCCAAAUCUUGGCACGAUGGUGAGAUGAACGCCCAUCUGAAAAGCGCGCUGACGAGUUUCGGAUUCCCGGAAUCUGAGGUGCGCGUGCAGGCGUUCGAUGAGGGCUAUAAGCUCAAGGAUAUGAUCGAUACGCUUGCGCUGAUGCAGAGCGACACCUCUAUCCCGCCGUCGAAUGUGCACAUCCUCAUCCUUUGGAGAGGAGAGGAUUUGUGGAAGCUGGACCAGGGCUGGAGUAAGCUUACCGGUGACAUCGAUCUGGCACGAUCACAAUACGCCAAGUCGACUGCACGGGAUGCUCUCGAGGAGUACAACACGAUCUACGGAUCAGUGUCCUUCUGCGGACCAGUGUCUCCGAGCAUGGGAUACCUUCCGACUCUGCCAGGCCAUCUCUUCGAGAAAUACAGAGAGGAGAUGAGGAUGAUCUGGGACACGAUCAGAAGGUCCAACUUCCUCACCCUGUCAUUUGACGCUAUCCUGGAGGGACUGCCGUUCCUGAGGGGAUAUCACAUCAUGCACGAGUCCAAGACGAUUGGGGUCUUGUGUACUCGUAUCUGCUCGAUGUUCACGCUUGCGGCUCUCGCGCGAUUUCCAUCUUAUGGGACCCGCCGAGAGUAUCAGACCGCUGCCGAUAAGAUGUGGGAGCGCACCCCAGUCCCAGAAGAAAGGCCGAAGGGCGCGGUGAAGGCCAUUGUGCACUCCACGGUGCAGGACCUAAUCGAAGGAGCAGAUCGCGGUCCCGAUCAUGGACCCACAAAGACUGUUGAUAUGAGUCAGCUCGGCUUCGAUGAAGACGAUGAUGAAGAUAUGGCCGGUGACACAGCUCCAGCUGCGACCAAGCAUCCGGUUAAACAAGAGCCGGGGACGUUGGCGGAUCUUCCGGGUGUUCGUCAUCCAGAUCCGAUCGUAUUGCCCGCUACUCCUGUGCCCGGCCAGGCAAUGCCUGUGUCGCCCGGCCUUGCCCCGGCUGCUACGAACAAUGAGGAAUCUAGCAGCAGUUCCGAUGAUGACGAACAGCAAGGGGAUGGCGAUACGGCAAUGCCAGAGGCCAAGAAGGAGGAAUCCGAUGAGGAGUUCAAUGAGCUUCUCGAAGAAAUGACUGAUGCAUUCGAGCAAAUGCCUACUCCUCGUGAUGCGGAGCGAACUGUCGCUGCCAAUCGGGACGCCGCUCGACCGCCUGCCGUGCCGACGAUUCCCCUAUCCGCAAUGAAGAAGCCGAAUCCGAUCGGUGGCGAGGGAGCCGCAGGGCCCACCACCGAGAACCGCCAGAGUUAUGCUCAUUACGAAAGCCAAGUCAGUGAGGCUGAGGCUCGCCGUGAGCAGGCUGCGAAGAUGAAGGCACAUAUCGCUGAAGUGGCGAAGGGUGCCACAGGCGUUGAAAACGCCGAACACCUUCGAUCCAUUGCCGAUGGGCUCGCCAGGAUCAUGGACCCGAACAUUAGCGAUGACAAUGUGUUCCAGGGUGCCAUGUACCCUCCGGGUGACUAUGCGCUCGACGCUGUCACGAACCGGUUGGCCCAAGGCAGGCGUCGAGUCGAAUCGAACAGCAAUCUCAUCAGGGAGAUGGCCAGCGACCGAUUUACGCCUGUGCUUAUCAACCGAGAUACUGGUGAGACUGUGUCAGCAAUCGAUGCACGAUGGACCCCAGAAUAUGGAAACAGGGGGGAGCUUGAGGCCAAGGUUGGUGCGAUCAUUUCCAACCUUGAUGCCGGGGUUGCAAGCAUGUCAACCCUCCCUGUGUUCCAUCCGCACAUUCCCUCAACGUAUGGUAUGGCUCGAUCGCUUCUCAAUACCUACCAGUCGUUGCAGAUUGCCAUUCGACACCGUGGCAUGGGUGCGAUGUCCUUCGAACAGAUGGUGUUCAAACCUGAGGACCUUGAGGUUCCGACGCCCGAUGAUUGGCCGGACCUCAUUGCGCCUACCCCAGGAAAAGUCAUUCAGUCCAUGCGGGUAGCCCUGGUAAACAAUACCGCAGCGAGGUUGACGAGAGAAGACCUCAAGCUGCCGCCGGGCUUCGCUAUGCAGCGACGGGUGACCGAAUUCCGUAAGCCGGAUGAGGAUCCGGUACAGAGCCUGAUGGGACUCACCGAUGAUCUGAGCUACGGCACCACCAGCCGAACUGGGGACGAUAGGUUGUCCCAGUUCCAGCGCAGUGUCGCGGUACAGCUGCGGAACACUGCAGGGUUCAUUGCGAGCGAGUUCCAGAAGCAUGCCCGAUCGAUAGCUGCUUCCUCCUCGCGUCGCAGUGAUGCCUCUGGCGCCAUGAGUAGCCUGGGUGAAGGUGCGGCAGACAACGAUCUUCCGUCCACCGAGCCGGCUAGUGUCGCUUCUGAGCGUGCGACGACGCCUCCUCCGCCGAACGUGGCUCCUCCUCCUCCGCCAACAGCGGAAGCACCUCCAAGGGCGUCCGAAGAGAGUGCAAAGGAGGAUGACGAUGAUAGCAAUAUGGAGGAUGACACGGCCGAUCAGAAGCCUGAGCAGAAACAUGAGGAGGAUGCCGAAAUGGGUAGCGGACAGGAGCUGCAAGACGAGGGAGCCGUGCUCUCCGGUGCUCGUGGGCCGGAUAUCGAUAUUGAUCCAGCCAGUACUGCCGCUGAUCAGGCAGCGAGCGAUCCGAGAAACUGCCGAAUCGAGGGCCCUGGUAUCAAGGCGACAACGAUUCAUCGCCCCGACCAGAUGCCAGAGAGAGGCCUCGACUCCAUAGCACCGGUCGUACAGUAUGAGAUGUCGUCCGUUCCGAUAGCGCUACCGGAUUUCGUCGUUCCGGGACUCGACAUGGGCAUCGAUGACUCUGUCCAUGGUCGACUGGUCUCAGCGACCUGCCUCCCACCGACCGACGAACAGCGCAAGUUUUCGAGGCGACGAUUCGCCAUGCUCUCCUCGAAUCAGACAGUGUACUUGAACGUGGCACUUCACAAGAAACCUGUCAAAGGGGAUCACGAUUCUUUCCUCCGACCGGAGUCUUACGAGGAUUGCCGCAACAUUCAUGACGCUGUCCGGGCCUACAAUGCCAGAGAGGCCAAAUACCGAUCUGUCGGCGGAACAUCUGUGCCACGCAGUCGAUUGCUUAUCGACGACGCACAAAACAUUCCCGCUGCCACGAUUCCGGACGCAGGAAUGAUCAAUUUGGUGCGGAAGCUGAUGUUCCGAGUGCUGACACAAACGAAGGAGUAUCCUUCCCCUACUGCCGGUGGACCGCAGAAUCGCCCUCAGGAUCGUGAGAGGGGCAUUCCCUUGUAUUCACACUUCGAUCAGAGUGGCAUCAUCGCUUUCGAUGUCAUCCCGAUGUACAUGGAGCGUGAGAGGGAAUACAUGAAGGCCAACGCCGGAGAAGCCAGUGGCCGGAUUCUUCUCCAGACAAAUGUCCUGGAUGAGAACGAUGAACCAUCCGAGCUUACUCUUCAAUGCAUCAUGGAGAUUGCCCGGACGGACAACAAUCGAAUGUUUGAGUUCUUCUACUCUACGAUCAACGAUGAUGGAAGACCUCAGUUUGUUGGCAUCCGAGCAACUUACGGUGUCGGCCCCGAUAAUUUUAACCGAUUCCGACUGCUGACCAAGUGCCAACACGGGCCGUUCGUUCAGCUCGCUCAAGACCAUUAUGUUAGUGGCGAGAGGAAGAGGAAUGUGGCCCGACAUCAUCCCCAAUACGGAUGGGGUUGCGCAACGAUUCGCGAAUUCUUCGGGUACAUGAGCGAUUGCAAAGUCAACCCUCCAAAGGGACAGCUGUUCCUCACCCUGCUCCCGUAUGCUCCCGGAUCUGGGAACAACAACGAGUGGGAAGAGGUGUACAUGAACGUCCGAAUGAACCCGAAGCGUGAGACGCUCUCGAAUACCGCGUCGACACAAUCAAUGCUCCCUGAAGGAUUGGGAUCCAACCGCAUGAUCGUGUUCGCCAUUGAUUUGCACAUGGUCGCGGCGGGUAUCAAUCCGAUUAACUUCCAUCCGAGAGGAUACUACGCGAUCAAAGACAGUAUCCCUCUCGCCUGUAUGCCGAUAGCAUACUUCAUGGACUCGGGAUCCCUAGUGUUCAACACGGCCUUCAAAUACAUCGGAGGUACGAAGUUUGGCACUGGCCCCGAGCGAGGAAAGCACCAGCGGGAGACGUGGCCGCUCGCUAGCUUCGACUGCCCCAUGUGCGGAGCUUCAUUCCCGGUUGGUCUCCACAUGUGCCACUCUUGCACUAAGCCGAUUCACUAUCCUGACGGGAUGUUCUAUGCCGAUCCUGUGAAUCCCUUCCAGGUUGAAUACUACGGAAGUCAUGCUGAGUGGCUCAACGAGCUUAUCGAACGAAACAAGCUGACCGAGUUCCAGCUUCACGAAUAUCCUGCGAUAAAACAGCUGAGAAACUUCCCGGUGUCUAGGUCUCUCGCCGAGGACCAUAGGCAGACCGCAUUCUUCGGGGUGCCGCCGAUCAAGUGCACCGCAGUUGACACAUCGCCGACUGAAGUGGAACUGUUCAAGAGGAGCGUGCGCGGAACGAUUCAAGGCGCCAUUCGCUUGGACAUCUCUAUCGAAAGGCUUGUUGCCGGGAUCACUGGCAAGGAGGCUCGAUGUGGCGUGGAAGAUUUCUUCAAUUCGCAGUCGAUCGAUUGUGCAACCACGAUUGUCAAGCACUUCGGGGCGGUAUUCGCCACGUAUAUGGCCGAGAAAAUCCGUCUUGCGCACCUGCCUCUGCAGAACGCCAAUCUGGAGAUGAGACGGCGAAGUCGACUCUCCACCGAAUUUGAUACGUUGGAUGAGUUCCGUGCCACUAUCACGGACACGCAAAAGAAUCAGCGAUACAUGCGUGUCGAUAGUGAGAGCCUUUCCGCGCUCCUGGCCAAGGUUACACUGACAACAUGCUACGGCAUCCCGAUAAAAGGUGAGCCUGGCUACAUCUCCGGCGAUGAAGAAGAGGAGAUUGAGGGAGCCGCUGCGGCAACUAAGAAGCCCAAAGGGAAAGGCAAAGGGGACGAUGACCCCAACGUUCAAGCUAUCAAUUGGCGUGAGUUGGACCCCUUGGGACGGAAGCUCAUUCCGCACCAUGCUGAUCCCCGAUUCGCGAUUCUCGAGGAGGGGAAUACCGCACUCCUUGACGAUCCUGAUACGCCCGAUGAAACGCGUAAGGAGUUCAAGGAAUUUGUUCGCGAUCACGCUCACAAGAUAAAGGAAUGUUUCGAUGAGGAUCGCGAAACCGAGAAGACAUUCUUCACUCUUGUUGAAGGAGUGAAGGGUCAGCUCCCUGAUGCUAAGAGCACUGACCCGAUUCUGAUGAAAAGGGACGAUGAUGUCUUCGAGGCUAUGCCCGAUGAACUGGAAGAGCCUGACGAGCUAUUCGAUGUUGCAGCUCGCCAAGCACAACGACGCAGUGAAACGCCUCAGCGCAGAGUGCAGGUCACCGCGCAAAGGCAAACAUCGAUUCCCGAAGCUCAUACCAUUCCCGUUCCUCCAGAAGAAGAGGAUGAGGAUGAUAGUGAGCUGGAACGGGUGAACCGACCCGAUCCGAAGCCAAAGCGCCGCGGACGGGAGCAUCUCGGAGGCAUCGCUCCUGAGACGAAUCCGCCCCCGCCUCGCGAAAUGCCGCCGCCGUCGAAUCUACCGACUCGAAAGACACAGCGGCUAUCGGGCUACAGCGCUGCUCACCCUGAUGGAGAGACACUGAGGGUGUCAGGGAGGGCACCAUAUUCCGAUCAGAUGAGGCUGCCCUCGGUACUGCGAAUGAGGACUCGGCUCCAGGAACCAGAUCUGGACAAUCCGACGAUUGAGGAAGUCAUUCGCAUGUAUCAUUUACCGAACACGCUUCCUAUCCUUAGGAAGAAGGCCGCCAGCGUCAUUAUUGCGAUGAAUGCGAAUCCCGAUGAUGAUGUCAACAUGAAGGCGGCUGGAGUGGCUGCUCCCAAUGCCGCGAAUGCAGGGACAAGGGGAGAUGCUUCGCCCGAGAGUACGUCCGCUACCACACAAGAGCGGAUUAACCCAAAGUUCCCUGCGCCAAGCAAUCGCACUGCAUCGAAUCCACCAUCGAAGUUGCCCCGCGAUGACAAAUGGGCUCCUUCGAUCGUGCGACCGGCACCGGGUCGAGUGAUUCCGAAUGCAGAGGCGCGGGGACGCACACAACAGCGCGUUGCUGAAGCAACAGACGCCGCGCCGCCCCCUCCUUCCGAUACUGCUUCGUCAGAGCCACGAUCUCGUACGAUGGGUCCGGCCAAAGAGACAACGGCCAAGGGCAAGUCCCGAACAGGAUCCAACGUGGCAGGCCUCAUCGAUGAAGCUGAUGAAAUGAGGUCGUUCACUUGCUGCAUUUGCUUGGCCUUCGACGACAAAGCCCUGCUCCAGAGAGACAGAGAAGUUAGCGAUCCGGAGCUGAUUGCCUGCAAGAAAUCCACAGUGGGCGAUGUGCGACUAAUGUUGCGUUUUCGAGCCCGAGAAGGGGACAAGGGUCAGAUCCCUGAACGGUCCAUCCAGGCUCAUGUUAUCCCGCGUCUCUUCAAUCCCGAGCUGGGCCAGUGGCUGGAGGACAUGGGCGAUCAGGUGACCGAGUUCAGUGGUGAUGGAGGCACGCUGUCAGGGCUGACCCUCAAGUCCGGGAACAAGCUGGAAUGCAAUCUGGCCGUCGUCGGCAUUGGUGCCGCCCCGAAUGUUGAGUUCUGCGAAGGGCUAAAGCUUGAGCGACGGGGCAUCGUCGUCGACGCCAACAUGCAGACGUCAACGCCCGGCGUGUACGCGGUCGGUGAUAUCGCCACUUUCCCUUCCAAGUACGGGGGCCUGAUGCGGUGCGAGAACGUCGACCAUGCCCGGAAGUCGGCAUCACAGGCUGUGAAAUCUGCCAUGGGGGUAGAAGCCCCUCCCUACACGUAUCUCCCGUACUUCUACACCAGAGUCUUCGAAUACACGGACGCGCCCAUUGUGUUCAACUUCUUCGGAGACCAGCGCCGGUUUGGCACGGCUAGCCUCUUCUCAAAAUGA